AUCUCUCUUCUUCCUCCCCCUCCCCCUCCUCCUCCUCCUCUUCCUCCUCAUCUCUCUCUCGCUCUCUGUUUCUCUCUGACACUGGGACAAAGCAAAAACCCAGAAAAUGAGUAACAUAAGCAUGGUGGAGGCAAAAUUGCCACCUGGGUUCAGGUUCCAUCCCAGAGAUGAAGAGCUGGUCUGUGAUUAUCUGAUGAAGAAGGUGACUCACUCCGACUCCACUCUCAUGAUCGAAGUCGACCUCAACAAGUGUGAGCCUUGGGACAUUCCUGAAAAUGCAUGUGUGGGAGGAAAGGAAUGGUAUUUCUACAGUCAGCGUGAUCGGAAAUACGCGACGGGGCUACGAACAAACCGAGCAACUGCAACUGGGUAUUGGAAGGCAACCGGAAAAGACAGGCCAAUCUUUCGCAAGGGAACAACCCUGGUAGGUAUGAGGAAAACCUUGGUGUUCUACCAGGGUCGGGCUCCCAAAGGCAGAAAAUCCGACUGGGUGAUGCAUGAGUUCCGGCUUGAAGGUCCCUUUGGUCCUCCCAAAAUAUCACCUGGGAAGGAAGAUUGGGUUCUCUGCAGGGUGUUCUACAAGAACAGAGAACUAAUUGCUGCCAAACCCAGCAUGGGAUCAUCGAUAAGCUGCUACGAAGAUGACACAGGCUCUUCGUCACAUCAUCUCCCAGCUCUGAUGGACUCUUACAUCAGCUUCGAUGGCCCAACUCCUCAACUUCACCAUGAUAAUGAGUAUCUUCGUCAUCAUCAGCAAGUGCCCUGCUUCUCCAUUGACACCCUUUUCUCUCAAAACCAAAUGACUACCAACCCAAAUUUCACCACUACUUCUUACGGCAACAUUCUGGAACAGAACGCCGGCUGCGGCGGCGAGUUGUCGAAUGCGGGGACAAGUACAUUUCUUGACAAUGCUAAUUUUUCAUCUGACAAUAAGAAGGUACUGAAAGCAGUUUUAAGUCAGCUAACCAAGAUGGAAACCAGCUGCUACCCUAACACGCCGUCAUCUGUCUUCAAAGGCUCAUCACCAUCAAGCUUCGGAGGAGAAUUCGAAGCUGCCGGAAGUAGUUCGGAUAACUACCUGUCUGAUCAUCAAGUUGGUAUGCCCAGUGUUUGGAGUCACUAUUGAUUCGUAUUGGUCGAUUCAUGUACGUAGCUACAGUCGAACAAAUGUUGGUAUGCCCAGUGUUUGGAGUCACUAUUGAUUCGUAUUGGUCGAUUCAUGUACGUAGCUACAUUCGAACAAAUGUUAAAAGGAUUAUUGUAAAGUCAAGUUUAGAAGUAUGCGUGCUUGCAAGGAAUUAGCAAUUAAUUUGCAUGUAGUGGUUAAUUUAACUUCGUGUGUCAAGCUCGUUUUGGCUUGCGUUUCGAUCCAAGUCCUUGAAAAAAAAAAAAAAAUUAAGGGUCGUUUUUUUAGAAAAAUUUAAGACAUGUACGUACUCUUCAUUCUGAAAAAAAAAACCCUUAAAUUUAUAAUAUACGGAUUGAGCAAACGAUGAG